AUGAGGAAAACCUCCGAGGAUUGUCUCACUUUGUCUCCAGACUGGAAAGUAGAAGAUGAGGACAUCACGCAGUAUAGUCCAGGAGAAAACCCGGCUCCCUCCAAUGUUCAUCCAGCACCACCCAGUGUAGAUGGACCAUCGGAUUCCUCGUAUCCUGAGGAACCUCAGACUGUGCGGGACCGGGCCAGCCUUCCAACAGAGAAGAGGUUCUCCUGUGCUGAGUGCGGGAAAUGUUUUUCAAAGAAGUUCAAUCUGUACACACAUCAGAUCUUGCACACUGGGGAGAAGCCAUUUUCCUGUACUGAGUGCGGAAAAUGUUUUUCACAGAAGUCCAAUCUUUCCAGACAUCGGAGAUUGCACACAGGUGAGAAGCCGUAUUCCUGUCUUGAGUGCGGGAAAAGUUUUUUAGAAAAGUUCAGUCUUAACACGCAUCAGAGGUUUCACACUGGGGAAAAGCCGUAUUCCUGUCCGGAGUGCGGGAAAUGUUUUUCUCAAAAGUCAGUACUUGUCAGACAUCAGAGGUCUCACGCAGGAGACAAGCCGUAUUCCUGUCCUGAGUGCAGACAUCAGAGAUGUCACUCGGGGGAGAAGCCGUAUUCCUGUCCUGAGUGCGGGAAAUGUUUUUCACAGAAGUCCAACCUUUACACACAUCAGAAAGUGCACACGGGGGACAAGAGGUUCUCCUGUCCUGAGUGCGGGAAAUGUUUCAAUUUGAAAGGCAAUCUUAAUGUUCAUAGAAGAUCUCACACGGGUGAGAAGCCGUAUUCCUGUUCUGAGUGCGGGAAAUGUUUUGCACAGAAGUCCCAUCUUUCUGUACAUCAGAGAACUCACACAGGAGAGAAGAAAUAUUUCUGUUCUGAGUGCGGGAAAUGUUUUUCAAGGAAGUGCACUCUUUCAGUACAUCAGAGAUUUCAUACGGGAGAGAAGAGAUUUUCCUGUGAUGAGUGCGGGAAGUGUUUCAAUUUUAAAGGCAAUCUUAAUGUGCAUAAAAGAUCUCACACGGGGGAGAAGCCGUACGCCUGUCCUGAGUGUGGGAAAUGUUUUUCACAGAAGUCCCAUCUUUCUACACAUAAGAGAUCUCACACAGGGGAGAAGCCGUAUUCCUGUCCUAAAUGCCGAAAAAGUUUUGUGCAGCAAUCAAAUCUUAUCAUACAUCAAAGAUGUCACACAGGGGAGAAGCCAUAUUCCUGUCCUGAGUGCGGAAAAUGUUUUGCACAAAAAUCAGUUCUUGUCACGCAUCGAAGAUCUCACAUGGGAGAAAAGCCAUAUUCUUGUCCUGAGUGCGGAAAAUGUUUUUCACAGAAGUCACAUCUUGAUGGACAUCAAAGGUCUCACAUGGGUGAAAAGCCUAAUCUCUGCUCUGAGUGCGGGAAAUGUUUUGUAAAAAAAUCAGAUCUUGUAAUACAUCUGAGGUCUCACAUGGAGGAGAGUCCAUUUUCCUCUCCUGAGUCCAAACAAUCUUUUGCACAGAAAUCAGAACUUGCUACAGGUCAAAAGGCUCUUUCUGCGGAAAAGCCGUAUUCCUGUCCUGAGUGCGGGAAAUGUUUUGCACAGAAGUACUAUCUUUAUGCGCAUCAGAGAUGGCACACGGGUGAGAAGCCUUUUUCCUGUUCUGAGUGCGGGAAAUGUUUUGUACAGAAAGCAGAUCUUGCCACACAUCAGAGGAGUCACACGGGCGAGAAGCCGUAUUCCUGUCCGGAGUGCGGGAAAUGUUUUGUACAGAAGUGUUAUCUCUCCAGCCAUCAGAGAGUGCACACGGGGGAGAAGCCGUAUUCCUGUGCUGAGUGCGGGAAAUGUUUUUCACAUAAGUCCAAUCUUUAUGCACAUCAGAGAUCUCACAUGGUGGAGAAGCCGCUUUCCUGUCCUGAGUGA